GAGAAGGGCGGAGCCAUGUCCAGACAAGCGCAGGAGGUUGGCCCCACGAUGGUGGGAGAUGAGCAUUCUGAUCUGGCUCUGAUGAACUAUCUGGGAGCCACUAAGAGGAACAUGCUGGGGAACCAUUUCUGGGAGUAUUAUGUAAAUGAUGCACCCCGGACCGUGUUGGACAAGCUGGAGAACUAUGGCUAUCGAGUGGUCAGCAUGACUGGGGUGGGGCAGACACUGGUCUGGUGUCUGCAUAAAGAAGACAACAAUGUUCCACCGGGGCGUGACGUCAAUGUUGAUCCUGUAAAACUACAGCCUAGAAGUGAGCUUCCCCAAUGAGAAUCUCCUGUAUGUUCCACUUUCCAGCCACGUUCAGGGGAAGUGCUGCAUAGUCAAAACUUCACAUAAUGGAAAACUGCCAUCAAUGCCAUUACAUGAGCCCCAAGGAGAGGUAGGUUUGCCCAUUCAGUUCUGAGGAUAAAAGUCAUGCAUGGAGAAUGAAUGGCCCCAAACUCUGCAUUAGUCUCAGUGGUACUUUGGAACACAUUUACAGAGUUAAUCUUGUCCUAUGCAAGUGUUUGAGUUAGGUCAAGUCCUGGCUUUGUCUCUGUGGAGCAGUGGAGUACUAAGCUUCUUGCUUAGGGGGAUCACACAUGGGGGUGGGCCAAGCAUGGGCCACUUGUUACACAGUCCCCAGAAUAGGAGGUCAAACAAUACCCCAGUUGCUGCUGUUUGAGGAAAACCUCUCCUUGGGCAUGUCCCCCCACUCCUAGGAUUAAGGUUAGGGAUGCACCGAUAAAGAUUUUCUUGGCUGAUACUGAUAGCCAAUGAUUAACCAACCAUAUCGGCUGAUGCCGAUCCAAUAAUCGAUCUUUAGUAAUAGUGAAAGCCAUUUUAAACUACUGACUACUCCUGCUGCUCGCUGGGACCUGUAGUCUGUUGUGGGCUCAGGCUGGCAGCAGGAUGCAAAGCCUGGACCACGCUCACCAGGGUGCUCCAGACGUGGCCAUAAUUAUCAGCUACAAUGACCAAAAAAGCUGAUAGCUAAUAAUGUCAUUUCUCCUUUUAUUGGUGCCGAUCAGAUAGCCAACUGAAAUAUCGGUGCACCCCUAAUUAAGGUUUCUGUGGUCAGACUCUGUCAUCCCCAAAAGAACCAUUCCAGCAUAACUGGAAAAACUGCAGAAAUAUCUUUGGGCAGUAUAUCAUUGAAAUAAGGCCCUGUGAAUAUUUCAUGUUUUGGCUAUGUAAUCUUACCAACUGCAGGUCACUGAUGGAUUGACUUGAGCUGUAUGUAUGAUCGACUGCUGCUGGUGGAUAAACUAAUAAAACUAAU